AUGUGGGGGGAGGAAGGUGAGAGACUAAAACAGAAGAGGUUAGCAGAUAGAGAAGCAUUUCGACACGAUCUUGAGGCACAAAUAGAAAAUAAUGCAUUAAAAAGGCAAAUUCAAACACCUGAAGGUCAAUUAAAAUCAACAUAUGAAUCAAUGACUGAUGGAAAUCAAAACAGAAAUCAAUACCCAUUAGUAGCACAGAGAAGAGCGUUUCAGCCUCCGAUUUCUUCAAAUUUGGUUCCCUAUCAAAAUCAAAAUUUAAAUAGAAACUCUUAUCAACAAGCUAACAAUCGUGUUUACGCCCCUCAACAAAACCAAUAUCAGUACUUACAUCAACCUCUCCCAAGUACUGCUCUUGCCCCAAUAAAUAUCACAAUCACCUCAACUAAAACGGAUGUUCCUGCAGUAUUACCACGAGUACCACAUGCAACAGUUAUAGAUCCUUCUUCAUUCAGUCAAAGAGUCACAAGUGUUGAUCAAAUGGUUAACAACAUUCAUAACAUUCUCGCAUCAACAUCAGCAUCAGAAAACAUUCUAGAAGGAAGUUCAAUACCACAAUUGAACUCUCAAAUUGCUCAAUUGCGGUCGGAUAUUGAACAUUUAGCUUCUACCGAUGUUCAAACAUCAGCAAAACGUCUUAUUGAGUCAUCAAAAUCACUAAGAAACCAAGUAGAAUCAGCGGCAACUCAAGUAUCUAACGAGAUUGCUGGUGUCAGAGAUCGAAUUACAGAAGCAAAUGCAGCAAUCAAUCAGUUAUCAACUUCUACUCAAGAAUUCUCCGAAAUGCUCAAAGCAACAUCAAUAACUUCGAAGAGUGACUUACAAAAGCAUAAACAACUUUCAGAUACAAGUUUACAAAGAAUUGAGAGCUUAAUUAGUCGGAUGUCAAAAAGUGCAUCAGAAACGGGUGUUUUAUCAAACGCAUUUGAGAGAUCUGAUCAAGCAGCUACAUCUCUAUUUAACACACUUCAAGCAUCGAUGAACGGAACUUCUUCACAGAUAUUAAAACAAUUAUCAGAUGAAAUCAGGUCAGCAAGCGAGCAAAGAGUCCAAACAAGCAAUGUAUUGACAUCACAAGUCCAUGAAAUCAACCAAAGAGCCGCAAAUUCGAUCCAAUCAUUAAAUGGUUUCGUUUCAACUUUAAGUCAAAGUUUUUCACAACUUUUGCAAAAUCUGUCAUCAUCCAUUUCAGCAGCCAUUGAUCAGACAACUAACGACACAGACCAGCUCUUGAGUGACGUAAUAAACAGGUCAGAUUUGGUCCUGUCGCAAAGUGAAGAAAAUUUCAAUGCUGUCAAAAGUGAAAUGAUCCAAACAAUCACUGAAAUCAAAGAUGGAACAGUUCAGAGUCUCACCAUUCUCGAGGACACUUUGAAUGAAGAGAACCAAGCUCAGAAAAAGAACAUGACCGAAAUCAAAGAGAAAUACAACAGAUUCAACGAUUUGAUUUCGAAAGAAAUUGUUUUGCAAAUGAAAACUUUCGAAGAAAUGACAAAAGGAAGCGAAAGAAACGCAAUGAAAACAAUUUCAUCCAACUCAAAGCCAAUUUUCGAUAAACUUAAUCCUUUGUCAGAAAAUGCCAAACGGUUAGAAGAAAUUGACAGUCAACUGACAAAUUUGGAAGGAGUCAUGCAAGUCAUGACAAGUCAGUUCACUGAAUCCAUUGCGAAUUUGUCGAGAAACUUGAACGAUCUGUCUGAAAAGACUAAGACACUGAAGGAGGAUUUGGACAGAGGAUACAAAGAGUGUGAUGAUAAAUUGGGGGUGGUGACAGACCCCUCUUUAAAAGAAGACCUCGCUUUGAGAGAAGAAAUCCACAGAUUUUCAGGAAUUUUUGACAACGAAUUGGAUUCAAAACUUGACGACGUAGAAGACCAGAUAAAGAUCAUCAUGCAGAAUAUUGCUGAAAUAACUCUCGGAUAUCCACUAAAUAAUAAAACUGUUAUGCCAAAACCAUCAAAUACUUCACCUCUUCCGAAAUUUGAAAUUCAAAAUAACUCUGUAAAAAUUGAUCAAAAAGUGACAUCAAAUCAAGAAAAAGUGACAUCAAAUUCAGAAAAUGUUACAGAUGUAAAAGUUAGUGAAACAACUAAAGAAAUCAAAGUAGAAAGUAAUGAGCAGAAAGUAGUAAGUCUGAUGAAUACGGCACAAAAACUUAAAUUGCCUCAGUUCGAAAGUAACACACAAAAAGUCAUUAUUCCUGAAAAGAAGAAAGAAGAGAAAGAAAUCGAGGAACUUGAUGAAAAGAAGGAAAUAAACAAAGAAGGAUUGAUGUUUAAUCCAAAUGAUUUCGUAAUAGAUAUCAACAAGAAACCAUCCGAAAAUGAUAUGAAAAUUAGUGACGAAAUAAAAGAAAAAGUUGAUGAUUUAGAUGAAGAAGAAGAGGAUGAAGAAUCAAAUCUUUCUAAAACACUCAAAUUACCUUUGCAAACUAAGAAAGAUGAGAUCAAUAAAUUAGAUGAGAAAGAAGAAGAAGAACAGGAAGAAGAAAAAGAUGAAAAUAAAGAGGAAGAAGAUAAUGAUGAAAAAGAUAAUGACAAUGACGAAGAAAAUGAGGAAGAAGAUAAAGAUGAAAAGGAAGAAGAAGAUAAAGAUGAUGAUGAAGAAGAGGAUAAAGAAGAAAAGGUUGAAGAAGAAGAAGAAAAGGACGAUGACGAAGAAGAUGAUGAUGAAAAUGAUGACGAUGAUGAAGAGGAGGAAAAAAAGAAAAAGAAGAAAGGAAAGAAAUAG